ACUUCCUCCUUUCAGGCGAGCCUGGAUCUUAGUGAGAGAGUGAUAGAGGAAGGCCAUCCUGUCUGUAUCCCCAGGCUGAGCACUCACACGCUUAGGGACGAUGAGGCUAGGCUGGGUUCGACAGCUGGCCCCUUUGCUGGCCAUGGCUGCUGGAAUACUCUACAUCACAUCCAUUAAGUGGGAGGUUCAUUCUCAUGGGGAGAGACUGCAGGGGGCCCAUCAGAAUGAAUCGGCCAGGGGCCAGGACAUUCUCAAGAGGCUGGAGAAGAUGGAGGCUCACAUCGAGAAGCUGGUGAAGACAAUCAACGACGGGAGCAGUCUGAAAGAGGGGCAGGCUGUGAAGGCUCCCGAGGUCAAGAAGGACAGGAAGGUGGUGAAGAAGGUGUACCCCAACUCAGCUCUGUUUACACGCUGGGGUGAUGAGCUCUCAGAGGAGGAGCAGAAAGAGGCAGAGGGGCUGUUUCAGAUGUAUGGAUACAACGCCUUCCUGAGUGACAGACUACCCCUGAACAGGGAAAUCCCUGAUACUCGCGAUCCUAAGUGUGCUAAGCACCAGUAUCCCCAUGACCUGCCCACCAUCAGCGUGGUGUUGAUCUACUUGGACGAGGCCCUGUCAAUCAUCAAGAGAGCCGUCCGCAGCAUCAUAGACAAGACCCCCCGACGCCUGCUCAAAGACAUUAUACUGGUGGAUGACCACAGCUCCAAUGACGAUCUAAAGGAGAAGUUGGAUGCCUACAUCAGCUUCAUCCAUGAAGAGCGUCCAGGCCUGGUGAAGAGAGUGAGACACUCAGAGCAGCUCGGUCUCACACAGGCCCGCCUCUCAGGGUGGAGGGAAGCUGAAGGAGAUGUGGUGGCCAUCUUGGACGCCCACAUAGAGGUCCAUGUGGAAUGGGCGGAGCCUCUGUUAGCUCGGAUAAAGGAGGACCGCACGUUGGUGUUGACACCGGUGUUUGACAACGUCCAAUUCGAUGACUUGACAGUCACACGUUAUGUGCCUGCUGCAGAUGCCUUUGACUGGGCCCUGUGGUGUAUGUAUGAGUCCUUCAGACCUGAGUGGUAUGCCUUGAAAGACGAGUCACAGCCAGGAAAGAGCCCCUCCAUUAUGGGCAUACUAGUGGUUGAUCGCCUGUUCUUUGGGGAAAUUGGUGCUCUGGAUGGUGGUAUGAAGAUCUAUGGAGGGGAAAAUGUUGAACUGGGUAUCCGGGUGUGGCUAUGUGGUGGAAGUGUCGAGGUCAUACCUUGUUCUAAAAUAGCCCACAUCGAGAGGGCCCAUAAACCCUAUCUCCCCGACCUGAGCAUUACAAUGAAGAGGAAUGCUCUGAGAGUGGCUGAGGUCUGGAUGGAUGACUACAAACAUAAUGUCAACAUUGCCUGGAACAUCCCACUGAAGGAUCACGGCAUAGACAUUGGGGAUGUUUCAGAGAGGAAGAAGUUGAGAAAGAGACUGAACUGCAAACCCUUCCAGUGGUAUCUGGAUAACGUGUAUCCCAUGUUAGACCCCCUGGGUAACUUGCUUGGUUAUGGAGCUCUGGUCAAUGACCAGAAGAUGGAUCUCUGUAUAGAUCAAGGCCCAGUUCCAGGGAACACACCUAUUUUAUAUGGAUGUCAUUAUUUUGGUCCACAGAACUGUUAUUAUCGAGCCAGUGGGGAGAUCUACAUUGGGGGCAUCAAGUCUCACAAGUACAACAGUAAUCGCUGUCUGGUGGACACUGGCACUCGAACCCCAGGACUGUAUGAGUGCAAGGUGGCCCAGCAGAAGGGAUUCCACAUGCUCUGGGACUUCCAACAGGGAAAAGCCAUCCAGAACAGACAGACAAAGAGAUGUCUGGAGAUUGCACCAGGGGAGGACACCUACUACCAGCUCAUCCUUCAGGAGUGUAGUGGGCAGCACUGGAACAUACAGAAUCUGAUUAAAGACUUCUGAUACACAGAGAUAGUUAGGCCUACUGUACCAGAGACAAUACAGCAGGACUAUAGGAGUUAUGCUGCAAUCAUAAGCAAGUGGGAAGGUGGUAUUUACCACAUACGACUGGUAAAAGUCCACUUGUACGCCCCUCCAACUGGUAAUUAUUAGUGGGAAACUCGUCUAUCUUCCCUGAGGUCCGACUUCUCCCACAUGCUGACCUCUGACGAAAUUACCCUUUUAUCAUCAUUUUCAGCAGUUCAAUGCAACAACAAAACAUUAUUUACAAAAAGAUGUCCUUAAAUGUUUUUGAACACUAUAAUUUUUGUACAAACAUGAUAUCUGUACUUACAGUUUAUGGUUGAUGCAGCUUCUUGGCUCUUAGCCUAUCUGAGUUUCUCAAUGAGUUCAAUGCAUGUGAAUGCAUCCAACUGGUAUUUACGACUUCACAACUGGUAAUUACCACCUUCCCACUUUGUUAUGAACACAUCAAUAUCAUCAUGCUUUGAAAAGCUGGUGGUCAGCAGUGAGAUGACUGUGUAAUCUAAGUGAUCUAUUGGUUUUACAUAUUUUCAUGGGGACAGAUGUACAGUUUCUUCACAGAAUGUGGAAUGCUAUUGAGCUGUGUUCUCCUUGGUCCUGAAUGUAAAUGCAAUAAAUAAUAAAUAUUAUUCCUGUU